UGACAGCUUUCAAAAGAGCUCAGAUUUCAAGUUGGCAAGGAGUUUGUUAUUGGCGGGUUGUUUGGAUUGUCAUGUACUAGCUGCGGCUUCAUCUGCUGCACAAUGACUGAAAGAACAGCACCUAGUUCGCAAAUACGGCUAGAAUGGGUUUAUGGCUACCGUGGACACCAGUGUCGCAACAAUUUGUACUACACCGCAAGCAAAGAGAUCGUGUAUUUCGUAGCAGGAGUCGGCGUUGUCUACAACACACGAGAGAACACCCAAAGGUUCUUUCUUGGCCAUGACGACGAUAUUAUAAGCCUUGCACUCCAUCCAGAAAAAGUUCUAGUAGCCACUGGACAAGUUGGGAAGGAUCCUUAUAUCUGCGUUUGGGACUCCCACAGUACUGAGACUGUAUCAAUUCUGAAAGAUGCCCACCAACGGGGCAUAACAUGCCUUGCCUUCAAUCCUUCUGGAAAUUACUUGGUGUCAGUUGGGCUGGAGGACUAUCACAUGGUUGUCGUAUGGGACUGGAAGAGAGGCAAGCAGCUGGCAUCAACAAGAGGACAUACAGACAGAAUAUUUGACAUGCAGUUUAAUCCAUACAAAGAAAAUGUCUUAGUGAGCUGUGGAGUAAAGCACAUUAAAUUCUGGACCCUUCGUGGAAAUUCUUUGAACCCAAAGAAAGGUAUAUUUGGCAAGACUGGGGAGAUACAGACAAACCUGUGCUUGGCAUUUGGAUCUGAUGACGUCACUUAUUCUGGAACUCUGAGUGGGGAGAUCUACAAGUGGAAAGGACAAAACCUGGCCGGGGCCAUCCCCAAUGCUCAUACAGGUGCAGUUUUCUCCAUAUUUGGUGGCGCAGAUGGUUUUGCGUCUGGCUCUAAGGAUGGCACUGUUGUUCUGUGGGAUGCUGAGUUUAAGCCUAUUGCCAAACUUGACCUUAUCAAUACCCGAGUGGGAUAUGAAGGGCUUUCCAUACGUAGUGUUUGCUGGCUGGGUGAGAAAAUUCUUGUAGGUACUAAUGCAGGAGAGGUCUUUGAAGUGAUGGCCACAGAUAAAGAUAAACCAAGGACUAUCGUUCAGGGUCAUGCAGAGGGAGAAUUGUGGGCUCUGGCAGCUCACCCAAAGAAAGGAAUCUUCGCAACUGGCAGCGAUGAUAAAAGUGUCAGGUUGUGGAGCAUGGCAGACAAAAGCCUGCUUGCACGCACAGACGUCGACCAAAAGGUCAGAUCAGUGGCGUUCAAUGCUGAUGGCACACAUCUCGCAGUGGGGCUUAGCGAUGGCUCUUUCAUGAUUCUGAAAGCAAGAGACCUAUCAGAAGUGACUCGGAUCAAUGAUCGCAAGGAGGUGCUCCACGAGAUGAAGUACUCACCUGACGGUCAGUUCCUCGCAGUUGGCUCCAACGACAACUUUGUUGACAUCUACGCCGUAGCACAGAAGUACAAGAAGGUUGGGGAGUGUAAGGGCAGCUCCAGUUUUAUCACACACCUCGACUGGUCUGAGGAUAGCAAGUAUUUGCAGACCAACUCUGGCGCAGCAGAGAGGCUUUUCUAUAGAAUGCCUACGGGUAAGCGCAUCACAAACAAGGAAGAGAUCAAGUCGAUCCACUGGGCGACGUGGACGUGUGUAGUGGGUACAGAGGUAAACGGUAUCUGGGGCAAGUACUCCGACACAAACGACGUCAACGCCCUGGACGCGUGCUUCCAGCACAACGUGAUGGUCACUGGCGAUGACUUUGGGCUUGUCAAGCUCUUCAAGUUCCCAUCUGUUAGAAAAGGCUCCAAGUUCCGUAAGUACGUCGGCCACUCGGCGCAUGUGACGAACGUACGAUUCUCCAACGACUUCAACCGAGUGAUCAGCGUCGGAGGUGGUGACCAUGCGGUCUUUCAGUGGCGAUUCUUGCCCGAAGGCAUUACGGACGAUCACGACGACCUUCCGGAGGCCGUGUCUGGUUACUUAGACUCGGAUAGCGAGGAGAGCGACUCGGAGGCAUCUGAUAUCGACGAGUUAGAUAGCGAUGUGGAAAACGAGCAGCAGAUUGACUACAGUCGCACAAUCUACCGUGAGGAUCUUCCCGCCCUUAAGGAGAAGAUGAAACUAUCGAAACAAGGCAAGGCAGAUGAUGCUGCCCCGAGGCAGAAACCUCCCAACGACGGGCUUCGGCUAGAGUUUGUUUUUGGAUACCGUGGCUACGACUGUCGCAACAACGUGUUCUACACGCAGACCGGUGACAUAGUGUACCACGUGGCCGCCCUUGGAAUCGUCUACAAUCGCGACACACAUAAACAGAGAUUCUACAACGCCCACACGGACGAUAUACUCUGCUUGGCUAUACACCCUGUCAAGGACUUCAUCGCCACAGGGCAGGUUGGCCGUGAUCCUGCCGUACACGUGUGGGAUGCAGAAGCCAUGAAGACAUUGUCCAUUCUGAAAGGGCAACAUGAACGAGGAGUAUGCGCUGUGGAUUUUUCAGGCGAUGGGCGUAAGCUUGCGAGUGUGGGAUUGGAUGACAAUCAUUGCAUCGUGGUGUGGGACUGGAAGAAGGGCGAGAAGCUCGCAACCACCAGGGGACAUAAGGACAAGAUUUUUGUGAUCCGCUGGAACCCGCACAAUCCAGACCAGCUCGUGACUGCAGGCAUGAAGCACAUAAAGUUCUGGACCCAAACCGGUGGUGGCUUUACCUCUAAGCGCGGCACGUUUGGCCAGGCUGGCAAGCACGACUCCAUGAUGUGUGUGACAUAUGGACGCGUGAACGAUCUGGUGUAUUCAGGAGGAGCCACCGGAAAGGUCUACAUCUGGCAGGGUCAUUCUCUGAAAGGCUCCAUUCAGGCGCACGAGGGACCUGUAUUUGCCAUGCAGACCUUGGAGAAGGGUUUUGUGACUGGGGGAAAGGAUGGUAUGGUUUCCUUGUGGGAUGAGAACAUGAGCCGCUGCUUGAAGCAGUACAAAGUGACCAAGACCGGGUUGGGCCCUGGUCAGGCUAGCGGUAUUCUGCUAGUCGAUGUGCCAGCCAUACGUGCCAUCACCCUUGGACAGGGACGAAUACUGGUCGGCACCAAAAAUAGCGAGAUCCUUGAAAUUGACAAGACCGGUCCUAUCACCGUAUUACUCCAGGGUCACCUUGAAGGUGAGUUAUGGGGUCUUGCGACCCACCCGACCGAUGACCUGUGUGCAACCGUCAGUGACGACCACACCGUCCGCGUAUGGGACCUGUCCCGCUACAGACUUAAGAACGUCCGCAAGCUGAAGCUCCCUGCAAGGAGCGUGACGUUCUCACCGGACGGCAGAGCCUUGGCUAUCGGGCUUAAGGAUGGCAGCUUUAUGGUGGUAGACUCGUCAACUCUCGAGGAGAUCGCUGCCUUCCAUCAUCGCAAAGAAGAGAUUUCUGAUCUCAAAUUCUCCCCAGGUCAAGGCAAGUACCUGGCGGUGGCAUCGCACGACAACUUCGUGGACAUCUACAACGUGCUUAGCAGCAAGCGCGUAGGCAUCUGUAAAGGCAGCUCGAGCUACGUCACACACGUGGACUGGGACGAGAAAGGGAAGCUUUUGCAGACUAAUUCCGGCGCAAAGGAGCGUUUGUUUUUCGAGGCCCCGCGUGGCACACGACAGACGAUCGUCACCAAUGAACUAGAGAAGAUUCAGUGGAAUACGUGGACUGGCGUCCUCGGAGAGGACUGCUCCGGAAUCUGGCCUCCUCACUCUGAUAUCACCGAUGUUAACGCCACUGACGCUACUAAAGACAAGUCGCUACUGGCUACAGGCGAUGACUUUGGCUUCGUCAAAGUAUUUGAGUUUCCUGUCAAGGGCAAGAAUGCAAAGUUCAAAAAGUACCCCGGUCAUUCUGCGCAUGUCACAAAUGUCCGCUGGGCGCACGAUGACGUUCGGUUAGUGUCUGCGGGCGGCGCUGACACGUCUAUCAUGGUCUGGUCACGUGGUCGGCCCGUGGGGCGCGAGGACGAGGGUGGCGAGAGUGAUGACUCAGACACAGACUCUGAAGAGGAGGGUGGAUACGACAGUGAUGUCCAGAGAGAGAAGAACAUGAACUACGCGGAUAAGAUCUACGCCAAUCCACUCAGGACAACCAAGGGGGUGCGGCCACACCUAAGGGACGGGUACGGUCAGGAGGAACAGCGACCUGCAGUCAGCCGUGGGUCCAAGGCGCCUCCGAAAGUUCGACAAGUUGAGCUGCCGCAGAGGGAAGGCAAGAAACGCAAGUCGCAUGGUAUACAGGAUUUAAGCCUUGAGUUCAUUCACGGCUACCGCGGAUUCGACACUCGAGACAACCUACACUACCUUCCGAGUGGCGACAUCAUCUACCAUGCUGCCGGUGCAGGCAUCGUGCUGAGUACUGCGAAUGGUGUCCAGUCAUUCUACUUGGAACACACAGAUGACAUCAUAUGCCUUGCUGUCAACCAGCAUCCCAAGUUCCAGAAUGUUGUAGCGACGGGUCAGAUAGGUAACGAGCCGUGCGUUCACGUGUGGGAUGCAGAGACCAAAGAGACGUUAUCAGUCAUCCAGGGCCUUCAUACUGUCGGAGUCUGUGCAGUUGACUUCAGCUGCAAUGGCAAGCUGUUACUUACUGUUGGACUAGAGCCAUCGCAUGGUGUAGCUGUUUGGAAAUGGACUGAAGGUAGCAAGAUGGCGAGUGCGAGCGGCCAGACGGAGCGUAUUUUCACCGCGCAGUUUCGUCCGGACUCGGACAGCGUGUUCGUCACGUGCGGAGUAAAGCACGUCAAGUUCUGGACCGUGGCUGGAGGGCAGCUGGUGGGAAAUAGAGGGGUGAUCACAGGGGUACAGGGCGUGGCAGACGAGAGCACGCUCAGGAUGCAGACCAUGCUGUCUGUUGCCUUUGGAGCGGAUAACUUGACGUUCACCGGAGCAAUGAGUGGAGAUGUCUACGUGUGGUCAGGUCACAAACUAGCUCGCAUAGUGUCUCGUGCUCAUAAUGGGCCUGUCUUCACCAUGUACACGACCCUCAGCGAUGGAUUAAUCGUUACGGGAGGCAAGGAAAAUGGUACCAAAGAGGAGGGCGCACCAGUUAAGCUUUGGGACCAGGAGAUGAAGCGAUGCAAGCCCUUUAACCUUGACUCAAAAUCUGCCAUUAACGUGGUCAAGUCCGUCUGCCGAAAUAAGGGCAAGAUCCUGGUGGGCACAAAGGACAGCGAUAUUAUCGAGAUUUCGGAGAAGUCGUCCGCUCCACAGGCGCUCAUCCGGGGACACGGGGAAGGAGAGAUCUGGGGUCUGGCCUGCCACCCCGAGAGGGAAGUCUUCGUCACCGCUAGUGAUGACAGGACUAUCAGACUUUGGGACAUACCCAGUAAGGGAAUGGUCAAGAAGACGAGCACGGACGUGGCAGCCCGGUCAGCGGCGUUCUCUCCUGAUGGUGAGCUCCUUGCUGUCGGUCUCAAGAAUGGCGCAUUCCUAGUACUGCAGUCCGCGGAUCUCAAAAUCCUGGGCGAGAGACGCGAUAGGCACAAAUCGAUAUCUGAUCUAAGGUUUAGUCCCGAUGGUAAAUAUCUGGCUGUUGGCUCCGAGGAUAACGUGGUUGAUUUCUACGAGAUGCGUAAAGGGAACCCUCAGAAGCGAUCAGGGUACUGCAAGGGUAUCCCAAGCUUUGUCACACAGAUAGACUUCUCUGCUGACGGUCGCUUUAUCCAGGUAUCUACGGGUACAUAUGAACGCCUGGUGUUCUCAGUUCCUAAUGGCGACUUACUGAAGGACUACCGGCAGAUCAGCCGGAUCACAUGGGCAACGUGGACAAGUGUACUUGGUAACGAAGUUGUGGGCAUUUGGCCACGAAACGCAGACAAAGCUGAUGUGAACUGUGCCGAUCUGUGCAAGACUGGAAACGCCCUAGCCACCGGUGACGACUUUGGCUUUGUCAAGCUCUUUGGGUUCCCUGUCUCAGACAAAUAUGCUCCGCACAAGCAUUACGUUGGCCAUUCCGCGCAUGUGACCAACGUUCGGUUCACGUGCGACGACCGACAUCUUAUUAGUGCUGGGGGAGACGACUGCUGUGUGUUCGUAUGGAAAUGCCAUUAAGGUGAGCAUCGAUGAUACCUCUCUUCAAUGUCCGGGAACAACACUUAGUGGUCACUGUCACCGCAGUAAAAAUAAGGGAUCUCCAGUAGGAAUGGUGAUGUCUGGGCAGACUUCUAUUAUAAGCUUUGUUGAGGGUAUUACAUCGAGGUAACUCAUUAAUUGAUGGCCUCAGGUCGUCAGAACUAUUCUGUAAACUGUCUUGAAUAAAACUAGGAUAUAAUGUCAAUUCUAUUUAACUUCUGGUGGUUCAAAAAUAAACCAUGACAUGUCAAGUA